AUGGAGACGUAUCACGGUCACGUCCGCACUCCGGCGGACGCAAUCAUCCUCUUCGAAGCAUGCCGUAUCGGCCUUCUUCCCCGCGUUCAGAGACGACUUUCGGAGAAAGAGCGCCAGUCUAUCCAGUCCGGUUCGGUAUUCGUCUGGGAUGAGCGUGAAGCGGGUAUGCGACGAUGGACUGACGGCAAAUCAUGGAGUGCCAGUCGAGUAUCGGGCAGCUUUCUCACCUACCGCGAGAUGGAGGGCAAGCGCGGGGGUACCGUCACACAACCACUCAGAGCCGGUAAAACGCCUGACAGCAGAGGGAGCGAUGACGACCGCGGCGACGGUGCUGACGAUGGGCCUGACGGAUACCGAUAUAAGCCUGACGGACUCAUGAAGCAGUCCUUCAGCAUCACAACAUCCACCGGUCAACAUCUUCACCUCAUCAGUUACUAUUCGCGAUCGCACCCGGCUGCUGCCACUCUCCAACAACCCUCCACCGACCCUGCAUUACGGCAUGUACGUCCUCAGAAAGGACUGUAUCCAGAAUCCACCGUCAAUGACCAGCAGAAUCUGCCGGUGGUCACCCGCGGCCCCAUGGCGGGCGCCACUUACUCUGUCCCUCAUCCGAUGAGUGCAUAUGUGCGCGCUGGAGCUACACAUCCUCAAUCAUAUACUCCGCCCUAUGCGUGGCCCCCAACACCGCUGGGGACUCCGCCCACCAUCACUCUGCCAUAUGGCGCCUCCUACUUGUCCGCCGUACCCACACCUAAUGGCCCAGCCAUUGCGUACGGGCAACCGCCUCCCCAUCACCACCCGGCUCUUCCACCGCCCCCGCCGCAACACGGACUGCAUCCGCCAUACGACCGGUCAGUACAUCCAGGUCAUCCAGCCGAAAGCUCAUUACCACCCGCUAUUCCACCCCCAAUGGCGCAACAUACACCUCUUCCGGCACUCACAGGGCGCUCUCCUCGCCUAGCUCCUGACCCUCGCGACAACUACCAGCGAAGCCCGCGAGACUAUCCAACAACACAUUCGGUAGAUCCCCGGAUCCCGUCCCCUCGCAUGCAUGCUCCUUCCGCCUCACAUAGCAAUGGCGUGGGACACUCUGUGCGCAGCCCGCGGACAAUGAGCCAGGCACCGCCAACCCCCUUACCACAGGUCGCGCCCUCCCCCGGGAGUUCCAGACCAGCCGAUUCCAACCACAACAGCAGCACAGCCACUACCUCUGCCACCACCGUUCCCAGCAUUGGGGCGCUGAUGAACGGCGCCUCGGGCCCCUUAUCAUCCAUCACAUCCGCACCGUCGAACAAGCUCAACGCUCCUCGCUUGGGCGGCAGUCCUCGCGCGGAAGGGCCGAAAGAUAUCCCCAGCGAAAAGAUUGGGUUUGGGGGCGAGGAUAUGCGGGCUCUGCGACAGCUGGAUCGUGUCUUUACCGCUUAG